AUAAAAUACUUAAUUAAUGCGAUAUCAUGUAUGACUUAGUAGACAGAGAAGUUGGAAGCAGAAAACAUAUAUUAUUUUUCAGAGCAUUUCCGGUGGCUCCGAUCAACGAACGCUUCAUAAUCCUCUUCCUCUCUCUUUUUUCUCACAGCGUCAGACUCUGAUCCUUCGCCGGCAGCCGCCACGUGUCUCUUCUGCUCUGCACUUUCUGUGGAUUCUUUUCCAAGCUUGGUUAGAAAUGGCACAACGAUCGCAUGUACCAAAAUUUGGCAAUUGGGAAAGUGGAGAAAAUGUUCCAUAUACAGCUUAUUUUGACAAGGCUCGGAAAGAUCGAACUGGCACGAAGAUGAUAAAUCCGAAUGACCCUGAGGAGAAUUCGGAUUUAUCAUUUUAUAAUUCAUCAUCUGAUCAGCUACCUCCGGCCAUACCCGGAACUGACUCAGAGCAUCCAUCUGGAAAGGGAUCUAAGACAUCCACACAUGAGUUACAGAAGAGCAAGGAAGACAGUGAUGCUAAGCCUUUUGUUGACUCUCCUGCUCGUCAAGCAAGCCAGGGAGUAGGUUCUGCCGAUAACCGAAGAAGACCUUCUAGACAAAGUACUGGUUCUGAGUACAGCAUCGAACGUUCUCCCCUUCAUCGUCAGGCCAGAGCCCCUGGAAAGGAUAGUCCAUCAUGGGAAGGAAAGAAUUCCUAUGAUAGCAGCCAUGGAACACCAGGAAGAUCCCGGUUAAGACCAGCUAAUCGGGGCGAUGAGACUCCUGACAAAGGAGCAGCUGUUCCGAAGUUCGGCGAGUGGGAUGUUAGUAACCCUGCAUCAGCUGAUGGCUACACUCACAUUUUCAACCAAGUGAGGGAGGAGAGACAGGGCGGAGCUGGAGUUACGCCAGGCACACCUAACCAAAGACCACACUUUAUCAAGAACCAACCUAGCAAUGACAAAGCACAGUGUUGCUGCUUUUGGUGGAGCAACAAAUGACCCCAUGAAUGUGUGAAUUAUUUUCUGAACAGAGAAGAGGCUAAAGAAAAAAGAACAGAAAAGUGUUUUCAAUGAUCAUGAGGUGUGUGUAGCACUUGUAAAUAAUUCAAGGCUCUCUCUCUUCCUGCAGGAAAGACAUGAUUGAAGUGCAUUUAUCAUACUUUGCGCCUAUUUUCUUGCUUCUUUUUUCACCCACUUUUAUUCAGUUGUCAAUCUAACCACAACUUGCUUUGUAUGCAAAAGAUGGUGAAUUUUCUUUCCUUUUUUUUUUAAUCUAUUUUUUUGAUCUUAUUGUGGUGCUCAUUUAUGCUUUAAAAUAUAGUUUUAUUUAUCUGAGAAGAAGUGAUGUAUUUUGAUUUGUAA